AUGGCAGAUUCACCGUUAAGUAAGGAGGAGAUUCAUUACAUUUCUGCCUUGGCGUUGAAAUUGGAACAUGAUGAACAACAAAUGAUUUUAAAAAGUAUUAACGAUAGUAAAUCUGGUUCCAACGAUAAAAGACGAUUUUUGAAAUUUUUACUUUCUCCUCGUGCAACGUUGGAGUUGGAACUGAGAAUUGUGCAAUUCCUAUUAUCAAAACAUAAAAGACUGCAACAACCGCUGAAUAGACACAUUAUAAAAUUGCAGACAAUUUUACAAAAAUAUCAUCAUGAUUCUACACAAUCUACUUUUUCAUCUAAAAAAUUAACAGCCGAACAUCUACUUGUAGAACUUAAGAAGAAAAAUUUACGUAGCUCUGAUUUAACUAAACAAUUCAUUAAAAAUAAUUGUGAUCCUAGUGUAAGCUUGUGGAUUAUUACCCUAAAGGAUCCAAUAACCACUUUAAGAAUGAAACUACCAGCCAAAGGUAAAAAAUGUGAACAUUUGCAGUGUUUUGAUGCAAUGUACUUCUUACAGAUGAAUGAAAAAAAGCAAACAUGGUCAUGCCCAAUAUGUAGGAAACAAGUUAAAUUUGAAGACAUUGAAAUUGAUGAAUUUUUUUUAACAAUACUUCAAAGUUCAAAAUUGAGCGAAGAAUGUGAAAAUAUUAUUUUAUAUAAUGAUGGCACAUGGGCUCCUAGUGAAACUAAAUUGUAUAGAGACAAUUUAAUAACAAACAAUUGUCCAUUUUCAAAUAAAAAAGAAAUAACGUCCAUUGAUUCCUAUGAAGAUAAAAUUCAUGACAAUUUUGAUAAUGAGAAGAUAGAACCAACGGCAUCAUUGAUGGGAUCAAACCUUCUAAACAAUACAAACUUGCCCAAUAUCAAUGAGUGUGAAGCAAGUACCUCUGUUAGGAGUAAAGGUAAUGAAAAUCAACAAAAAUUUAAACCAAGACCGGUUAUAUGUGUCAUAACAUUAGAUUGA